UUUCAAUCUAUGACAAGUGACAACAAACGCUUAAACAACUUCUGAUUUGAUUCAAAUUAUAUAAAAAUCUAGAAAGUUUGAAUUAAAUUAAUCAUGAAAUCGCAAUAACAAUUCGUGUUAACACUAUAAACAUUCAAUAGAUUUUGUACUAAAGUUCGCACACCGAUUAAAACUGUGGCAGAAUUAUUUGAAAUAACUGUGAUUGUAGGUGUGGCACGCUUAUUAGAAAUAGUUUAACGUGUACUUUGAAUCAUAUUUAAGAGAAAUCUUGUGAAAAUUAAGUGAAGAAAUAGUCCAUUGACGAUGCCUGUGUUAGAAUCUUGCUGGUCACCAUGUAUAUGGUCUUCGACAGUAAAAUCCGGCAGCCGAGCUGUGGCAGUGUACACAGCGGCAAUGAGUUUGAUUCUAAUAACAUUUAUUGCUUACCAAAUGGCUGGAGGAGAUUCUACACAACUUUGGAAUCCUUUAUUUGAAGCUGAUGUUAGAGGAUCUCUACAAGUAUUUGGAAUCAUCUUCAUAAUUAUUUUCACUACCCUCAUAGUUUCAUCUAUAUUAAUGGUAAUUGGUAUUAACAUUUGGAUGAGAGGUUUCAUACUACCAUGGCUAUUUACAAUGGGAUUAAUAAUAUUAUUCCAGUUUGUUUUUGGGUUAUGGCUCCUCGGUGGAUAUUAUAUUUAUUUGGAUGCUACAUUUGCUGCACUUGUUGACUUCUUAUGGAUGGCAUAUAAUAUUUACUGCUGGCUCUGUGUGUUCUCACAGUAUCAGAUAAUAUUGGAUAUGCAGUCGCCGAAUAUUGAAAUGUUGGUCGAAUAUUAAUAUUCACGUAUUUAGUUUAGUCCUUUAGUUAAGAUAAUAUUAAUAAUUUUACUUUACAACUUUACAUUUUUACACCAUAUAGUAAUAAUUUUCUUUUACAAAGUAAAUAUUGAUUUUUUAAAUUAUGUUACGGCCGAAUUCUGAAACGAAUCUCAAAUAUUCGUAACAGUUAAUAGACGUCGAUUUUAAUGUAAUUUGGAAUUUAAUCGUGGCCUUGUCAUUUAAGACACUGAAAAGCGAAAUAUUUAAAUAUGUAAUGUUCCACAAUUCGUCUGUUAGAGGGCGCCUUUGACUAAACUAUCGCACAACUGUUGUGCGAUUGUCGAUUGUUUCGCAGCCGAUAGGGAAUAUACAUGUGU